CCGUAUCAGCCAAACCUUAGAACGCAAUCUUGAAACAACCACCCCACCCACUGCCAUAUGUGAGUCUGUCAGAAAGGCUCGCAUCGUGCAAAAAUCGCUCGGAAGUCAUGGCUCUCACCCUCCUGCCAAGGGACCAGGAGACAGCAAUGUACAGUUCAACCGGUUCACGAGCUGCGCAAGCCUGUGCGACAUGCAGGAAACAGAAGCGCAAGUGUGACAAGACCCUGCCAUCGUGCUCCAGGUGCUCGUCACUGCAGCGCACUUGCGACUACUCGGACCCAGCGUCCCCGGCUGUGGCCCCCUCCACAUCCGCAGAGGCCUUUGCAAGCCUUCAGAUGAAGCUGGCAGAGAUCGAGGCGAGGCUGGAGUCGGUCAGGGCCAACCCUGCCCAGAACCCAACGAAUGCGAGCGGCACUCCGGGUUCCAGUACGUACGUCGGCACCGAGUCCAGCCCAGAGAGUGCGGCUGCCCAUCAGGGCCCGGGGAUCGUCUGGCCCGGAGGUGAGAUGUGGGUGGAUGGCCGAGCAUCUUCUAAGAAGACAAAGUUCCCAGCAGUCAUGUUCCUCGACAGCGAUGUGCACAGGUGGGCAGAGGCUUCAAGACCUAAUUCAAACACCGAGAUACCAAUGGAAGUCCUUGAAAUUCUCGCUUCCAGCAAUGUUGUAGAGGAGACUGCCACAACGUACUUCGACACAAUCCACCGGUGGUUCCCUUUCAUUUCCAAAAAACGUAUGAGCCUUGGUAUCUCACUUUCAGACGGCGGGCCCGACCUUGCGCUUCUGUUCCUCGCCAUGAAACUCAUCACAACUGCGCCGACACCAGAGAUGCGUUCCGCAGCAGACUCACACCUGUACGCCGCGUCUAAGCGCUUCCUAGCCCAGCUCGAAUCUGCAGGGACGCUAUCCACACUGUACCUCCAAGCCAUGAUACUCGUGGCCCUAUACGAGUAUGGGCACUCUAUCUACCCGGCGGCAUGGAUGACAUCGGGCAGUUGCGUGCGCUACGCUGCGAUGCUGGGCCUGCCGUCGUACCACGAGUCGACCACCGUCCUCGGUCCAUGUACGACCUGGACCGAGGCCGAGGAACGCCGCAGGGUAUGGUGGGCAACGCAAAUCCUCGACAGGAUGAUCUCACUGGGCUCCAAGAAGCGUUUCGCCAGCGGUCUCGACCUGCCUGUAGACACGGAGAUGCUCCCCGUUGACGACCAGGCCUGGGACUCCGGCGAUAUGGCCAUUUCGCUCCAGAGGUCUGCCGCCAGCUCGCCUUUGGAGGACCAAACAGCUAGCCCCUUUGCGCGCUUGGCCCAGGCAUCGAUCCUCACGUCGAGGGCUAUGAAUCACUGUAAGGAGGCGAGGAGGCGAUACGCCCAGCGCGGGGCUAGCGACCCGAGCCGGGAUUCGGAUGAGAACAACAAGAACCAGGACGCCUUCGGCGUCAAGGAGGUCAGGGAAAUAAUACGAGACCUGCACAUACUCUGCCGCGCCAUCGAGACGGGAAUAGCGAGCGCCGGUGGCGUGGGUAGCGACGCGUACUUUGCGCUGAGCCCGUCACGGUGUCUCGUUUGGAGCACAAUGAUCAUGGUGAUGGACCUGUACAGUUGCCCUGAGCACUUGCGACCUGGUGCUGGGAUCGGCAGCGAGGACGGACGAACUGAGGAGGAGCUAAAGAUGCAGGUUGAGGCGAUCAGGGGCCUGACAACGACGAGUGAGAGGAUAAAGGAGUUCGCGGGUGAGCUGCUGAGCGUGACCAACAGCCCCGUAGCCUCCCCGGACGUGAGGAUGGGCGGUGUGGGCGGCGGCGGCGGCGGCGGCGGCGAGGCGGCUGACAGGAUGAGCCCAUUAUGCUUCGACGCCCUCUAUUGCUCGCUGGCUACCUUUCACUGGCAAUUGAAGGAAACUGGUCUGCUGGAGAUGAGGCAAGCAAUGGAACAGACAAGGGCUGCGCUGGUCAGAAUGACGCCGAGGUGGAGGCUCGCCGGGGAGUAUCUGGAAAUGGAGAGGCACCACGAUUUGAUGGGGAUAAUUACUGACAGGGCAGGUGAGUCGUGACACCUGACCAUGAAAAAACGGGUCAAAAAAAAAAAAAAAAGAGACCCCGCCAUAGACGAGGUAUGUAUGAUCUUGUCAUGAGCUCCAAUGCGACUGCUCAACAUUGUCACGAUCCUACAAGUUCGAGUCCUGAUGCUUUGCCCACAUAUGCCUGAGGUGG